UACCUCAGGCAAGGAGAUCUUGAAAUGAAUCGUAAAUGGAUAAUCAUCAUCACAGCUAUAGUUGUGAUGGUUGGGAUCAUUGGACUGGUUACAUAUGAAAUAAAAGUUGGAUUUAGGAAAAUUUACAUGACCUUUGAACGCAAUGCUUUUGAUGACCAAUAUAAGGGAUGUGAAAUGGACAUGAUGAACAAGGCAAAAGAGCUCUUGGCUGAAGAAAGAAAAAAAGACACUCAGUUAAAUGAUGUGUGGGAGAAAGCGGAAAAGAAAUGGAAGAGCCUUCCUCUGAAUCGCGAAGAGAGGAUUGAAGAGCCCUUUGAAAUCGCUGUCAUUGCCUACACUGACUUUGAGAUUCCGUUUUACAGUAAAUUUAACACUAUGGUCAGAACCUGCUGUGCCUCCAGAGAUGACUACCUGAAAAGUUUCCAUUUCAAAGCUUUCCAUUUUUAUUUGACACGAGCCAUCCAACGUCUCAGAGGACCAUGUAUUCCUGUUUACAGGGGCAUAAAUCGGAAAGUCUAUCCUGAUCAAACAAGAGAAAUACGCUUUGGUCAAUUUACCUCAGCAUCUAAGAACAUAAAGGUGGCCAGAGAUUAUGCAAAGAACUCAGGGACUCUCUUCACCUUCACCUCUUGCUUUGGGGCUUCCAUCCAACAUUUGUCAUACAAUAAAUCAGAAGAGGAAGUCUUGAACCCACCAUAUCAGUUCUUCAAAGUCUCCACUAUUGAAUCCAGUGGCUCUGGCCUUAGCACUAUCCACCUACAGAGUGAAACUCUCUGUAGUAACUUUAAUUGUGCAUACCUGGGAGGAGAGAGAAAAGACAACUGUCCUUCCAACUCUGCUCCUGCUAACAUCCUAGCAUGGCCUGGACACCUAACUCCCCUGCCAUUGUUUGGUCUUCUCAUCCUGCUCCUCCAAGAAUGGCUCUACCUCUAGACAAAUCUGACUGUGCCUGGGUCUCACAUGGGAUUUCCUUAGCGCUGUGGGCUAUAUGACUGACUAAUUAUGAGACAGAUUGAGAAAGGGCAUUAGUCUGGAUUUAGUCCAGGGGUUCUUAACCAUCUUUAUGUCCUGAACUGCUUUGGCAGUAUGGUAAGAUCUAUGAAUC